AUGGGCCUAUUAUCGCUCGGAACACCUCUACCCUGGGAAGAAGCCAAAAAGCAUAAUGAUCAUGUGAGAUUACAUGGCAUAAAUCAAUUUCUAACAUUAUAUCAUAAGUUAAAACACAAGCGGACGGCAUGUCUAUUAUGGGGGGAUGAAGUCGAGUAUAUGGUCAUUGCAUAUGACGAUGAAAAUAAAAAUGCCAAACUAUCUUUAAGCGUGUUCGAUCUCCUCAAGGAACUGCAACGAGACGAAGAAAAUCACAGUAUAGGGAGAUAUGUUUCUUGGCGACCCGAAUUCGGAAGAUAUAUGCUUGAAGGUACACCAGGUAAACCCUACGGGAAUACCAUGCAAGACCUUCUUGAGGUGGAACCAAACAUGAAAUUGCGAAGAGAAAUCGCAAAAAAAUACAUGAAACCUAAUGAAGUGGCAGUUACAGUGACUAGUUUCCCACGCCUCGGAGCUCCUGGUGUGUUUACAGAACCUCACUAUGAACCAAUCGGCGAUGCAUCAAGAAGUUUGUUUCUUCCCGAUGAAAUAAUAAAUCCACACGCUAGAUUUCCCACGUUAGCAGCAAAUAUUCGCAAACGUCGAAGAUACAAAGUUGCUAUAAACAUGCCGAUUUUUCGUGAUAAGGAGACACCAAAGCCUUUUAUUGAUCCUACGAUUCCCCGAAAUCGGAAUAUUUUUCCAGAAGAUAAAGAAGCAGAACAAGGAGCAGCCCUGCCGGAUCACAUUUACAUGGACGCAAUGGGUUUUGGCAUGGGUUGCAGCUGUCUGCAAAUAACUUUUCAAGCCUGUAAUAUUGUGGAUGCAAGACUUUUGUAUGAUCAAUUAGCAACUAUGGGUCCAAUCAUGUUGGCUCUGACAGCUGCUGCUCCUGCAUAUCGAGGAUAUCUUUCUGAUGUAGAUUGUAGAUGGAAUGUAAUCGCAAACAGCGUUGAUGAUCGAACACCAGAAGAACGAGGCUUCAUUCCUCUAAAGAAUGAUCGUUUUAUCAUCAACAAAUCACGCUACGAUUCAAUAGAUUCAUAUAUAUCCACAGAUGAACGGUUAAAACCAGAGUAUAACGAUAUCCCUUUAAUCUAUGACGAGGAAAUUUGUACAAAACUAAUGGAUAAUGGAAUUGAUGAAUUGCUAGCACGUCACAUAGCACAUCUAUUUAUUCGUGAUCCUCUAGUCGUAUUUGAAGAACUCUUGAAUCAGGAUGAUGAAGUGUCUUCUGAUCACUUUGAGAAUCUUCAAUCUACAAAUUGGCAAACAAUGAGAUUUAAACCACCACCGCCAAAUUCAGAUAUUGGAUGGAGAGUAGAAUUUCGUAGUAUGGAAGUCCAAUUUACUGACUUUGAGAAUGCGGCAUUUGCUGUUUUUAUCGCUUUAUUAACGAGAGUCAUCAUGAUAAUGAGAUCAAAUUUUUAUAUACCCAUAACCAAGGUUGAUGAAAAUAUGAGAAGAGCACACAAACGUGAUGCAGUGCUGAAGGAGAAAUUCUGGUUCAGAAAACAACUUUUUGAUCAUAAUGAUUCUUCUACAUCAAGCAAUGGAGUGAACGGAACUACUGAAGUGAAUGGUUACACUUCUCAUUCCACAGUCGUUAAUGAAUACACGGAAAUGACAAUAAAUGAAAUCAUUAAUGGAAACGGGACAGAAUUUCCUGGUUUAAUAUCACUCAUUAACAACUAUCUAGAUUUAAUUGAUCUAGACAAACCGACCCGAACUGGACUAAACAAAUACCUGGAUUUUGUGGGCAAAAGGGCUAAUGGAACACUGCAAACUGCCGCUACCUGGAUGCGGGAGUUUAUACGCUCGCAUCCAAACUAUAAUCAUGAUUCCGUUAUUUCGCAAGAGAUCAAUUAUGAUCUCAUUAAAACUAUCGAGAGAAUGCAGAAAGGUGAAGUUGCGGGGAUUCCUAAUAGAGAAAAGAUAUUAGGUGAGAUUCAAGUAUAG